AAUAAUCAAAUUACAAUUAAAUUACAAUUACAAUCAUCUUUAAUAUUUUUCACAGUAGUGAAAAGUAAUUAAGUACUCCAGUACUGUACUUAUGUACAACCUGAAAGUAUUUUCUCUUCAUUUUUCUGCUCCUUUCCACUUCUGCUUUGAGCCUGUGGGGAUGUUGAGUAACCUCUUGUUUCUAGAAAUAAGUGGUGACUCAAUUUCCCCAAAAAUGUUUUUUCAACUUCAGUCAAUUAAGCAUGUUUAAGUUCAAAAACUGUUCUUUGGCUGUUCAGAUUUUCUUAUGUUCAAGGAAUCAUGAUUCCUGUGUCUAAACAAUUACGGACUAUGGAAGUCACUAGAAGCAAAACUUUAGUACCAAGUCCAUGCCAGAAUUCUGAAAACACGACUAGUUUUUCUAGUACCGUACUGUAGGUACUGGUGAAAGAUGGCGUCAAGUCCAGCGUCAGCUUCACCUCAACUUGUCAAAAAGAAAAACCGCAAGAGACGUGUUUGGAAACCGGGUGAAGUUAUUUUAAUAUUUAACAUUUGUCGGUUUUCUUGGCUGUUUACUUAAACAGCUCCGUUUCAAAGCCUGGACUUCUCCCAGUUUUCGGAUAUGUUGGAGAACUAAUGUAGGCAGAUGUUUCACAGUUUGAUCAACUCAAAAUCACCACUGAUAAUGAUGCAGUUUGUUGCGCUAAUAGCUAAAUGUCUGUCCAAUUCACCUGUUGCUGUAGGAGGAGUUAGGCACCGUCUGAAAAGGUCAAUACGAUCCAUUUCAAUCAUCGAUAACUGUUUGUUUUUCAACAUAGAAAUAGUGACCACCCUGAAACAUUACAAACCUGAGAGUUUGUGGGGGUGGGGGGUGGGGGGGAAAUACAUUGACAGUAAACCACUCAUCUGUUCAGGACAUCCUGUCACAGCUUUAAGUUGUUCUUUGUAAGGUUAAAUGUUUUUAUUAAAGGAGUUCAUGUUGAAGUACAUGAGAUUUAUUAUAUUGUCCUUUACCGUAGUAUUGGGUUGGGUAUAGAGAAUCGUGGAAUUUCACUGGUAGUGGUACCAACUACUAAAUUUCUACUAAAGUUUUAUACAGUUAAUCAACAACAGAGAGGGAGAUGGUGAAAAAAUAGUUCUCUGCUGCAGAAAUGGAGGUGCUUGUGAGGUGGAAGUUAGAAAUACAAAUUGUUUGAUGCAGAGAGUUUAAUAGUAUAUUAUUAUUUCCAAAAGGGGCUUUAAGCAGACAGGUAAACUUUAUCUAUUGUUGAUCACACCAGACACACCUGUCGGCUAACUCCCACUGCUAACAGCUGGCUGCCAGAAACCUUUGAGGGGUUCUAGCCUACUUUGUAUUUGUACCAGGAGGACGCAGUUCCAUCAGGUUGGUCUGCCUAAUGCAACUGACUUUGUUUCCUGACUUUACUAAUUUACACAAUCCAUAUGUGCAGUACGGCUGUGCGAUAUGGCAAAAAUUCAUAAGGGUGGAGUAAGUUAUUCUGGAGAAACCCAACACCAUGAAAAAUACCAUCCCAGAGUGAACAACGACACAGUGAGUAAUGUAACUAAUGGGUUGUGGAUUAGCAAAGUGACACUAUUUGCUGCUGUAACGUUAAGAGAGGACGAGACCAGAGCAGAACAGCAGCUCCUGACAGCGACACUCACAGCUCUCCUGCUGCUAACAUUACAGCUAGCAUCAUAACAACUGUCUUGUUGAACUGUAAAGUAAGCUAAAUGUCCGUGUGCAAGUCAUUUAACGUUACGUGACACACACGUCACGGCUGGCACUGCAGGAUAGUGUUGUGUGGCCCGUCCAUUACUUUUUAAUGCAAAUUUCUUCCCUGAAACACCAGCACGUGUAGAAGAACCGACCGUGGUGGUCAAACGAACAGGAGGUACAGUGAGGUGAGUACAAGAAGAAGACCUAAGAGUACGAGUGGGUGUGUUAAUAUGAAGGAGGUCAGUGAGGGACAGAGGCGAGGUUGUGAAUGGCCUUGAAGGUCAGAGUCUUGAAAUCAAUGCGGUAUUUAACUGGGAGCAAAUGAAGCUGCUGAGGUUUUUUGAUUAAUAGAAGGGGUUCUGGUGAUGAUACGAGCAGUAGAGUUGUGAACCAGUUGAAGUUUCUAUAUGCAUUUGAGAGGAAGACCAACAGGAAGAGAAUUACAAUAAUCAAUGCGGGAGGUGACCAUUGUGUGAACCAGAAUGGCUGUACUAGUAGGCGAGAGAGGCUAGCCUUCCUUGUGUUGCUGCAACGUAGCAAACGGGAGGGGGGGUGGAGGUUCAUACAGACACUGAAGGGUACCUUUAGUAUAAAAUCCUUAUGCUUUGUCACACAGUCUGAAAGUGUCAGUUGUGACACAUUGAGAUAAAAAUGUGUUGGCAUUUGAUAAGAACUCAGAAGUUUCACAAUGUAACAUCAUUAAAGCAUUAUGGCUUUCCUGCAGAUCUUCACUGAACCUCACUGUGGACAUUUUUGUACCUAAGGUGCUAUGUGAUGAAUGAUUGUGUUCUCAAUACCUCAAUAGGGACAUUUUUGUCCCUAAGUUACCAAAAGGUAUAAAUAAAAGAAAGGAACCAAACGUUUGAAACGUCCUUUCCUGAUGCCAUUAGUUAGGAAUUGACAUGUGAUUUUGGGACAGAUCUGGCCAUGUCCAGUCUAUUUACACGCUACUUCCUUUUUCAUGGCGAAUCAUCAGAAUUGAACGCCACGCCAUGGCCACACUGUUUGAUCAAUCAAAAAAGCUUUGCAAUUUCAAAUUGCAAGGCCGUUAAGGUCGUGCUGCCCACAUUUGAAGUCGAUUGGGUUAAAGCUGUUGGACAAGUUCGUUAAAGUGUGGGAGCUAUAAAUGAGGGUAGAUCAGACAACCUAUGCAAUAUGGACGACUUCCUGUUGGGUUUAGCAUAUGGCUCCAAGAGACUUAAGUCCUGGCAUUGUACACGUGCAUACAAAAUUUGAUAGCUCUAGGUGUAUCAGACAACUGGGGUUGCUACUUUGAAAUCUUGCAGGGGCUGCUAUAGAGACGUUUUUCCAAACACAUGCCCUUGAACAGUAUCAGACAACAGAGCACACCCAUUCUGAUGUCUGUGCAAGGUUUUGUGAGAUUUCAAGCAUCCUAAGCCUCUCAAAAUACAGCUUCCUGUUUCGUGGCAAAUCAUGCAUUGCCAUGGCAACACCGUUUGACAGGGAUCUGGUGUUUUCUUCGCCUGAACUAAUUAUGCCUGCAUAAUAGGUGGAUUUGACUAUUGAAAGAUUGUCCUUGUAGUUGAGAAUGUGGUUUUUGUACAUUUCUUGGUGCACAACAAGUCCAGUUUUCUUGGAAAGGUGUUCCAGGCGAGGACCUUUUACUUUGAGCUGCCGUGGUUCUUAUAUAAACCACUGAGCAGAAUGGGUGAAGGAAAAUAAAAUGUUAAAAUACAACAGUAUUUCCUGCAACAUGUUUGUCACAUGUUGUCGUGAGUUUACAGACUGUUCUCCCUCAUUCAGUAACUAACCUGUUCUUCUUCUUCUGCUGCAGUGUUUUUGCAGGUUGUGGAUGUCAGUGUCUGAAGCUGCUCUGAAAACUCUUCUAUCAGACUGCAGACCUUCUUUGACACUACCACCAGCUUCUCACUGGCAGCACUGCACUCAGGUCAUCCUGACGCUUCUGGAUUUGGAUUUGAAGGUAUGAGGGUGUGACAGCUGUCGGUCAGACGAACACAGACACCAUCAGCAUCUGUCAGUGUCUGCAGGUGAAGGUAGAAAGUCUCUCUGACCUCAUCUGGACGGGACUUUAACAGGGAGACACGAUGACGGCAAAGGACCUUUUGAAGACUCUGGAGGAUUUAAGUGAUGAAGAAUUCACAAAGUUCAAAUGGUAUCUAAAGCAGCCUGACAUCCUGGAAGAAUGGAAGGGAACCAUCAAAGUGUUUAAGCUGAAAAAGGCAGAAAGGCAGGACACUGUGGAUCUAAUGGUGAACGCCUAUAAUCUUCAUGGAGCUCUGAAGGUGACCAAGAAGGUCUUAGAGGAGAUACCCAGGAACGACCUGCUGCAGAAACUGCCAAAAACCAGCUCAGGACCAGAGGGAAAUCCCGAUGCAGAUUGUCAGCGUGAACUUAAAUCUAAGUUGGAGAAGAAGUUCCAGUGUGUGUUUGAGGGGAUUGCUAAAGCAGGAAACCCAACCCUCCUGAACCAGAUCUACACAGAGCUCUACAUCACAGAGGGAGGGACUGCAGAGGUCAAUGAUGAACAUGAGGUCAGACAGAUUGAAACAGCAUCCAGGAAACCAGACAGACCAGAAACAACCAUCAGACAAGAAGACAUCUUUAAAGCCUCACCUGGAAGAGAUGAACCAAUCAGAACAGUGAUGACAAAGGGAGUGGCUGGCAUUGGGAAAACAGUCUUAACACAGAAGUUCACUCUGGACUGGGCUGAAGACAAAGCCAACCAGGACAUACAGUUCACAUUUCCAUUCACUUUCAGAGAGCUGAAUGUGCUGAAAGAAAAGUACAGCUUGGUGGAACUUGUUCAUCACUUCUUUCCUGAAACCAAAGAAGCAGGAAUCUGCAGGUUUGAAGAGUUCCAGGUUGUCUUCAUCUUUGACGGUCUGGAUGAGUGUCGACUUCCUCUGGACUUCCACAACAAUGAGGUCCUGACUGAUGUCACAGAGUCCACCUCAGUGGAUGUGCUGCUGACAAACCUCAUCAGGGGGAAGCUGCUUCCCUCCGCUCGCCUCUGGAUAACCACACGACCUGCAGCAGCCAAUCAGAUCCCUUCUGAGUUUGUUGACAUGGUGACAGAGAUCAGAGGGUUCACUGACCCACAGAAGGAGGAGUACUUCAGGAAGAGGUUCAGAGAUGAGGAGCAGGCCAGCAGAAUCAUCUCCCACAUCAAGACAUCACGAAGCCUCCACAUCAUGUGCCACAUCCCAGUCUUCUGCUGGAUCACUGCUACAGUUCUGGAGGAGGUGUUGAAGACCAGAGAGGGAGGAGAGCUGCCCAAGACCCUGACUGAGAUGUACAUCCACUUCCUGGUGGUUCAGUCCAAACUGAAGAAAACCAAGUAUGAUGGAGGAUCUGAGACAGAUCCACACUGGACUCCAGAGAGCAGGAAGAUGAUUGAGUCUCUGGGAAAACUGGCUUUUGAGCAGCUGCAGAAAGGCAACCUGAUCUUCUAUGAAUCAGACCUGACAGAGUGUGGCAUCGAUAUCAGAGCAGCCUCAGUGUACUCAGGAGUGUUCACACAGAUCUUUAAAGAGGAGAGAGGGCUGUACCAGGACAAGGUGUUCUGCUUCGUCCAUCUGAGCGUUCAGGAGUUUCUGGCUGCUCUUCAUGUCCAUCUGACCUUCAUCAACUCUGGUGUCAAUCUGUUGGCAGAAGAACAAUCAACCUCCCGGUGGUCUAAACUGUUUGGAGACAAAUCAAAAUAUCUCUACCAGAGUGCUGUGGACAAGGCCUUACAGAGUCCAAAUGGACACCUGGACUUGUUCUUUCGCUUCCUCCUGGGACUUUCACUGCAGACCAAUCAGAAUCUUCUACGAGGCCUGCAGACACAGACAGGAAGUGGCUCAGAAACCAACCAGGUAGCAGUCGAGUACAUCAAGAAGAAGAUCGAAGAGACUCCCUCUGCAGAGAAAAUCAUCAAUUUGUUCCACUGUCUGAAUGAACUGAAGGAUGGUUCUCUAGUGGAUCAGAUCCAACAGUCCCUGAGUUCAGGAAGUCUCUCCACAGAUAAACUCUCUCCUGCUCAGUGGUCAGCUCUGGUCUUCAUCUUACUGUCAUCAGAAAAAGAUCUGGAGGUGUUUGACCUGAAGAAAUACUCUGCUUCAGAGGAGGCUCUUCUGAGGCUGCUGCCAGUGGUCAAAGCCUCCAAGAAAGCUCUACUGAGUGGCUGUAACCUCUCAGAGAGAAGCUGUGAAGCUCUGUCCACAGUUCUCAGCUCCCAGUCCUCUAGUCUGAGAGAGCUGGACUUGAGUAACAACAACCUGCAGGAUUCAGGAGUAAAGCAGCUGUCCGUUGGACUGGAGAGUCCACACUGUACACUAAAAAUGCUCAGACUGAGUGGCUGUAACCUGUCAGAGAGAAGCUGUGAAGCUCUAUCCUCAGUUCUCACCUCCCAGUACUCUAGUCUGAGAGAGCUGGACCUGAGUAACAACAACCUGCAGGAUUCAGGAGUGAAGCUGCUGUCUGCUGGACUGGGGAGUCCACACUGUACACUGGAAACCCUAAGACUGAGUGGCUGUAACCUCUCAGAGAGAAGCUGUGAAGCUCUGUCCUCAGUUCUCAGCUCCCAGUCCUCUAGUCUGAGAGAGCUGGACCUGAGUAACAACAACCUGCAGGAUUCAGGAGUUAAGCUGCUCUCUGCUAGAAUGGAGAGUCCACAGUGCACACUGGAAACCCUUAGACUUUCAGGCUGUCUGAUCACAGAGGAAGGCUGUGCUUCUCUGACCUCAGCUCUGAGCUCCAACCCCUCCCAUCUGAGUGAGCUGGACCUGAGCUACAAUCAUCCAGGAGACUCAGGAGUGAAGCUGCUGUCUGCUAGCCUGGAGGAUCCACACUUGAGACUGGACACUCUCAGGGUGGAGCCUGCUGGAGUCCAAUGGUUGAGACCAGGUCUGAGGAAGUAUUCCUGUGAACUCACAAUCGACACAAACACAGUAAACAGACUGAUCAAACUGUCUGACAACAACAGGAAGGCAACACGUGUGAUGGAGGAUCAGUCAUAUCCUGAUCAUCCAGACAGGUUUGACUACUGGAGGCAGUUGCUGUGUAGAGAUGGUCUGACUGGUCGCUGUUACUGGGAGGUUGAGUGGAGAGGAGGAAUUGAUAUAGCAGUGAGUUACAGAGGAAUCAGCAGGAAGGAACAAGGUGAAGACUGUGGGUUUGGAAGGAAUGAUCAGUCCUGGAGUUUGUUCUACUCUGAUGGUUAUGGUUACCAUGUUUGGCACAAUAACAAAGGAACCUCCAUCACCUCCUCCUCCUCCUCCUCCUCCUCUGGUAGAGUAGCAGUGUAUGUGGACUGUCCUGCUGGCUCUCUGUCCUUCUACAGAGUCUCCUCUGACACACUGAUCCACCUCCACACCUUCAACACCACAUUCACUGAACCUCUUUAUCCUGGUUUUAGGCUCUGGAAUCCUGCUUCCUCAGUGUCUCUGAGUUCUGAGCAGGAGGGAGAGUCUCCUCCUGGUAGAGAACAGAUAAGUUGAGUCUGUACAGGAUCACAGAAGCUUCUUGUAAUAAAUACAUCAAUGAACUUUGUACAAAGUGAUUCAAAGUGAUUGAACAGAUUCCUCAUUUCCUUGUAAACUUCUUCCACUUCCAGUCCUUUAAAGAUGGAAGCUCUGAUCAUUAAAUGGUGGAAAUGCCGUUGACUUGGACCUUCUGUCAUGUGUUGCUUUGAAUUCUGGCUCUUGUUCCAAUAAAAGCAGAAUGUUACUGUGA